AUUCUUGCAUUCACUUCAUUUUUGAACUUUCCCUAAACAUAGAAAUCUAAUGGAGUUAGAUCAUGGCAUCUUUUAGGCCACUACUGGCCCUAAUCGUCCAUGCAUUCAGCCAUUACUGUAUGUUUCCCCUACAGUCUGGAACACCGUUAAAUGUUCACUUUCCAUGUCAUGAUCUAUUUUAAGCUAUUGCUUUAAGACUAAGUAAAAUGCCAAAGAAACCAUGUGGUUGCCACUUCUGAUCCCUGGACCUCCCAGUGUUUGUUCACCAGAUCAAAUGAAAUUAUUGUUCAGUCCCUCAUUUGUUUUACGCCUUUGUGGACAGCACAGAAGAUGUCUCAGGUGACAUGAAUUUAAGUCUUCCUGCCUAUUCGAUUAUUUGCCCUAUUCCGUACCCAACCGACUUUUCAGUGUAACUGAGAAAGCACGUGCAACUGUUUAUGUGUACUAGCAGACGACACUAUUAAGGUGUGCCCUCCGUACAAUGACGUCAGAUGUACCCACAAAUCUUUGCUGUAGAAGGAUGAGAACUAUAACAUGGCGAUGGUUGCUGCGAAGAUGAGCGGUCACUUACAAAAUCAGCUUACACGGUCUUUGGAACGGUUAAUAGAAGAAGCUUAUUUAAGCGGUGAAUUAAAGUUAACAGGAAGAAAACUGAAAGAUUUUCCAAACACAGGAGGAAAGUAUAACCUCAGCGAUACGGUCAUUGCAGAUUUAUCAAAGAACCGAUUUGGUGAAUUGCCAGUAGAAGUGACUGAGUUCUACUUCUUAGAAAGGCUUCAGCUCUAUCACAACACCAUUAGGUCUAUUCCUGACUCUGUGGUGUAUCUCCAGUCUCUUAUAUACUUGGAUCUCAGCCGGAACCAGUUGAGUGUGCUUCCCAGUACACUCUGCCAGCUACCUCUUGAAGUGUUGCUAGUAGCAAAUAAUAAGUUGGUCGCGCUUCCGGAGGAAUUGGGCCGUAUGAAGACGUUGGCUGAGUUAGAUGCUAGCUGCAAUGAAAUCUCCCAUCUUCCUCCACAACUUGGUGAACUUCCAGUGCUCAAGUCUCUCGGUGUGCGCCGAAAUCACCUCGUUGAGCUGCCGAUAGAAAUCACAUAUCUCAGGCUGGUGAAACUAGACAUCAGUGGGAAUAGGAUUUCGACAUUGCCAGUGGAGCUACGUACCAUGACCACAUUGGUUGACCUAAAUCUAAGUCAUAAUCCUCUCACAUCCCCACCAUCUUAUUUAUGCACGAGGGGUCGUGUCCACGUCUUUAAAUAUUUGGAGAUUCAAGCCGUGAAAGAGGACAAGAAGAGAGGCAUUUUGAGUGAAGAGCUCAGGAGGGCUCAUAGAAAAGCUGGACACUUAUCAGAUUUGCGGUUUGCAAAUGGUAUUUCUGCAGAGUUACGACAGAAAAGGUACACAGUGGACAGCGGCUAUAGCACAAGUGAUGGAAUGGAUAAAAGAUGGUCGCAAGAAAUUGGAAAGGUAGAAGAUGAUGAAAUUGGUAGAGUGAAAGGGCAGUGGACCCAUCAAGAAAGUGCCCCUAUUCCAGUGAAACAUCCUCCAGAUAUACACACCAAUGGUAACUGUAGUGGUGCUUCUACACCUUCUACUAUUAGUCCGGGAGAAAAUACCAAUCUUGAAGAUGAACUGAGUAAAGCUAUUAUUCUCCAUGAGCACUUGGAACGGAAGCAUUUGGAAAGAAAAAAUUCUGAUAAAGAAGACUACAUAAAGCUCUCUAAUGCAAUAGAUGGUAUAAGACCUACUCAUGGGAGCCCAAGGUUUCCUUCCAACAGUGUUAACAAAGUUAUGGCAAAUGGAACUGGGUUGUCUCCUACAGCAGAACUUGCUAUGAAUGGGAAUGGUUUGGUUCCAAACCAAGAGGAUAAGAGACCUCUGGAACACAUACAAACAUAUAGAGAGUACAAGGAAGCUUUAAGGCAACAGAGAGCUCAUGAUGGUGUGUAUAGGCCUCGAAUGUCUGGAGAUGGCGCUCAGCAGACCAUGUCAGUUAGCAGUGAACUGUUGAAACAAGAUGGAAGUUCAGGAAGUUCAUACACGAACCAACCGCAAGCUUUAAUAAACCACACAAACCAUGACAUUCUCCAAAACAGCUCUGAAUCUCCUGUGCUUCAGAACAGAAUAGAAACACAGACUAAUUCAAAACAAAUAUUUGAUGAUGGUGUUCACAAAAGGCCAGUUCAGAAAGUGAUUCCUUCAAGAAAUUGCUCAGCUGUUACUUUCCAAGCUUCAGCUUCUUCCUUAGUUAAUGGAAGCAGACUGGAUUAUGGAGAGAAAAAUGGUGCAGUUACAAGUGGACUUCAUGAUGGAGGUUGUUAUAUCAAACCAAGUUCUCCUAUCAAAACGCCUACAAGCUUAGCCCAUCUUCCUGGCUCUACUGGCAUUCUCAGCCCUAAACUAGUCACUGCUUCUGUGGGUUAUGUACAUUCACCAGUUCCUGUUACUGCCAAUGGCAGUCAACAUCGACCCUCAACCUUGGGCCAGCCAGGUACUAGAUCGCCUAAAAUAGGAACAAGCCGUGGAAUUACAUGGAACAGAGAUGUUCCACCUGAGAAGCUCAGCUUUACCAUGAGAAGAGAGUUUGACAAAGCUCGUGAGGAGGCAGAGCUCAUAGAACAAUUACGAAGUCAUAUUGAGACACGACUGAAAAUGUCAUUACCAGAUGACAUGGCUCCUGCAUUGACAGACGGUGUAGUCUUAUGUCACUUGGCAAAUCAUGUACGACCACGAUCUGUUGCCAGCAUUCAUGUUCCUUCUCCAGCAGUGCCCAAACUAACAAUGGCAAGGUGUCGAAGAAAUGUGGACAAUUUUCUAGAAGCAUGUAGGAAGAUUGGAGUAGAAGAGGAGGACGUGUGUACUUGCGAUGAUAUAGUCGGGGAAUUCAGGGUGGGUGCGGUUUUGCGCACCAUAGAGAGGCUUAUCACAUUUGAAGCUGCUGUGUCCACUAUGCCUCACACUGCGCAGCCUGACAGCUUAGUAUCCUUGCUCUGCCUCACCUUCUUUGUUACGACUGUAGUGCUUCUGUAUUUCUUCCCUCCUCCUGACUGAGUCAAUGGGAGUUAAUUAGGAACUGUUGUGCAGACUGUUAAAAUUAUUAGUUUCUUUCCAGAAAGAUACCUUCUUAACAUACUGCUGAUUAAGUAGGAUUUGAGGUUCUCAUGGCAGUGAGCAUGAAGAUGGCUGUCUUCUGGGUUGUAGCGCCAUGUAGACCUUUGAAACGUUGGUAAAAUUGUAUCAGAUUACAUGGCUUUACAAGCCAGAAGACAGCCAUCUUCAUUCUGCUGAUUCGUAGUUGGUCUUUGUAUCUGGCAAGUAACUAAUAGUUUAAAAAAUUCCAUAAUGAUGCAACUGAUAGAAAAUGGUAGCAUGUCAUCUGUAUAACUAAGGCAAUCUUUCAUAUCUCUAGCUUAGUGUGAUAGUGUUACUUUGUUGUGAAAUACACAUUAGAAGAAUUUUUAAGAUCAGUGAUAAUUACUGAGUGAGUAUGGUAUCAUUCAUUAUAUUUGUUUGCAUUUUUAGCAGUCUUCAAUUCCACUUCACAGGCAAGUGAAAAAUCUGUAAGGACAAUAUAGUGUUAUGAUUUGAGAUAGUAAUAUGAAUGGAGCAAAGUACCAGUUCUUUCCAUGUGUCUUAGAUGUAGUGUUACAUGUUUUCAAUGUCUUCCAGAAACUAUAGGUGUUUAUUUAAUGUGUGAUAUUUUUCUAUUGCAUGUUAAAUAAGUUACACCUGUAGAUGAAGGAUAGUGCUAUAAUUAUUUAGUGUUUGUGAACAGACUUCUUAUAUCAUUUUUGAAGUACCAAAUUACAGUAAAGAACAUACAGAUUAGCGUCAGUAUAUUUUCAGUAGUGACUUAAAAAUAUAACUAUUGUGUAUUUCAUUGUGGAAAAUUGUUAACAAAUUGAAGCAGCUUUUCAUUUAUAAAUUACAUAAUUAACUGCCACAACAUUGCAGUUCUCAUUCUAUAUUUAAUUCAUAUUGAGGAGUAUUGAUAUAAGUUUCCAUUUCACAGUUGCAGUGGAGCAAGGGGAGUGUUUUUGCACUGUACAAAACAUGCCAUAUUCAAUACAGUGAAAGCUCAUUAAUGUGUGUUAUUUAUGUCUCCCACAGCCAGCACAUUAAUGGGUGUCUCAUUCUCUAUCCUAUUGGUUAUGGAAACACUUUUAUAACACAUAUUAACACAUCAUGAAUUGGAUUUUGUUGAGAUGUUUGGAACUGGUAAUGCUGAACAUAUAAAGUUAUACAUUGUAAGAGAAUUUAGAUUUCUGUGACCACCUCUUCAGUGUUUGGGUUCUAGUGGAAAGGUGAAAGAAAUUUAGUACUUUGUCAGGGUAAACACAGCAUGCUCCUUCUGAUGUGUACCUGUGAACUCAAAUUAUGGGGAAACUUAUUUUAAUUGUCCAUGUGGUAGGCUUUUAAUGGAGCAGUUUUUUGUGUAAGUUGGAAGUUUUGGUUGUGCAAUGCUUUCCGACAUAUUUUUACUGUACUGAAAUGUUUAUCUCUGAACCAUUCCUGAAGUAUUAUUCCCAUUCCAUUACAUGAUGUUGCAGCAGGGUACUUGAGAGAGAGCUUUGGAAACACUUAUCUUUAAUAAGGAGAAUGUAGAACUGCAGUGCAAAUUUUUUUGCUGUGUUUCCUGUGUGGAGGAACCUCAGUUCAAGUAUGAAAAAUAGAUACAUGUGAUAAUGAAAUGUCUGUGCCUAAACUGAUUACAUCUUCAUUUAUGUGUUGUAAUUAUGCUGUCAGUUUUUCUUCUGUGAACUGCAUUGAGACAUACUUACACUCCUUUGUGUAAUGUUUUGUAUUUCCUUUUUAUUAUUAUUGCUAUUAUUAUAAUUAGCCAUUUGCUUUUGUAAUGCAUGCAAGCCUCUGAUGACUGGAAAUAGCAUUAUGUGAUUAACGUUUAAUUAUGUUUAAUAUCUCCAGUUGUUUUUCAUAAUCAUAUUUUAAAAAUUUAUGUACUGCAACAUGUGUAUUAAAGCUUUUUCUCGCUUGCAGUAGAAUCAGAUUGUAACCCACAUUAAAUCAUGAAUUUACAGACUAAAAUAUUGACAUUAACGACUAGUCAUGAGUGCCUGUCUUAUUAAUUUGAGAAUACCUUUGUGAAAUUAAUUUCUGAACUGGCACAUGGCUGGAUAGAGUAGAGAAUUUAGUUUUUAUGUAGGCUCAAUGUUUAAUGUUUGAAAUAGUUAUUUUUGUUCUAGUCAGUCUGGAAGGGACAGUAUUGUAUAUUAAUUCUUCAGUACAAAUUUAUUACACAGUGGUUAACUAAACAAUAUGAGACUUGAUGAACCUGUAGUUUUCAGAUCAUGAGUUAUGUAUGCAUUACAUGGCCCAGUAGAUUACUUAUGAGGUGAUGAAUAGUAUUAUUUUUUGUAUAGAUCUUUCAAUGAUUCAGUUGGUUGAUACAUAGGGACUUCAUAGUACAAUGGUUGAAUAUUUUAGUUUACAUUUAAUUUUGCAUAUGUAAACUUUAAUUCUGCAUAUUAUGUAUUAAUAUAAAUCCAUCUGAACCACUUAUUUAAUUUGGUAUAAAUUUAAAAACUGAACAUGUGAAUUUCUUGUUUGUAAAUUUUUUUGUUAUAGAUUUUAUAAUUGAAAAAUAUAUUACUCUUUGCAUUAAAGAAUAAUGGAUGUGGCACAUUGUUAGUAUCUAAUGUUUACUUGUACAGGAUGAUAAAAAAGUGAUGCAACCCAUUCAUGACAUAUGUUCUAUUUGUAAAAAAUUAAAUUACACUGAAAUCGGAAAACAAAAAAAAACAGUAUUGUAUUAAGCGUUGGAAAUUUACACCACAUUCACUGAUGCAUACAAUUAUUCUUUUCUUCAUGUUUGAUGCAACCCUUUGUAGAUUUUAUGUGUCACAGAAUCAUUUCACCAGACUAGAUAUUGUCAUUGUUUUUGGAAUAGGAGUUCAUUCUGGCAAGUUGAGUAAGAAUGAGCUGCCAGGUACUGUUUGACAGUGAAAACUUGAUCCUUGAACUUUGACUGUUUGAAGGCAACUGAUGGACUGUUGUGAGCAGGUUACUUCCUGCAUGGGCUCUUAUAUAGUCACAGUGAUAUUAUGUUGUUUAUUAAUCCAUUUGUAUUGUACUGAAUAGUAAUUGUCAAAUAUUUUAAUAUGGGUUGUAUUCUUUCUGAUCACUCUGUAUUAUUAAAUCAGGUGUUUAUAGUCAGCUCUUGAUUAUAUGUUUAGAUUUUGUGUCAUCUUUACAGUGAGUAACAGGAAAAUGAUUUUUAUCAUUUUCAUUGGCAGAUUAAGUUUUGAUGAAAAUAUCUACACUUUCAUUUUAUUGUAGCUUUUCUAGGUCACUCACACCAGUGUCCAAAGUAGUGCCUGGAGUUCUUGCAACAUCUUACAGCAUAAACUGACAAAUGAAAUUGUAUUAUCUUAUAAUACUUCCAUGGACCUGGGAAUUAACUUUCUGCUUGGGUUACAUGAAAGGCGUAUGUAUAAUGAGAAAUUUGAUACUUGUGAUUAAAAUGUAGUGCAAUUAAAGGAUAUGGGAUAACUGUGUUUUGUUCCCACAAUUAAUGCGUAUAAUCAAGAGUUGACACUACAGUCAUUCAAUUUGUCUGUGGUCCUUAUGCAGAUCUUUUCGUAGUACUGUUAAAACACUGUAUCAAGAGUUUUGAGGAGUAAAUUUGCCUAAUCACUAAUACUUUUCUUUUGCUCAAAAUUAAGUAAUUUGUGACUUAAAAGUUGUGGCAUCAAAAGACAAAGACUGUUAACUAUAUUCAUCAGUAUUACGCGUGUAUUUACAUGAAACCUACUUCUGGAAAUUACUUUCCUGAAGUAUUUUGAAUCAUUAUUCCUCCAUGAAGAUGGGACAUGCAGGCAUGUAUCUCAUUUAAAAUGAUUUACCGACAGCUGGAAACAUUAGAAUUAAAAGCACCAAUCAGCAUUCAUGGUCACUUCCUACCUACAUUGUGAUCUCAUAAAAGUUAUGUGGGAUGAAUCAUAUAAGUUAUAACAAAUAGCCUGAUUGAUUUUGUAAACAGGCAUUUUUAUUAUCACUGACCCUUCAUGACUGGUGACCUUCUGACUUUAGGCAUGCAUUCCAUCAGCUCUGCCUAGAAGUAUUGUUGGAAAUUAUUGAAAGUUGUUUGAGUUCUGUAUUCAUAUAUGUUUUCAAGUGAUAUAAAAUGAGACCUGGGAUCAUAAAAGGGUUACAUGGAGCUAAUUUAUGUGAGUAUGAUGGAUGUUUCAACUUUUUUCAUUAUUGAGAGUACUGUUUUGAAAACUACAUGUGUUAAUGCAAAAUCCACUUUUUCUGCAAACAAUUUUGUCUUUGUCAUUAGACCCACCAGAAUAAUUGGUUGAGUGUUUGUUUUAUGGGGACAUACUCAUAUUGAAUAAUUUAUUUUGUAUUAAAAAUCAGAUAAGCAUGGUUUUUACCUUUAGCUUUAAUAUUUAUGCUUUUUUUUAAAAAAAUUAUGACAGCAUAUGACAAACAAAAUAUGUGAAGUCUUAAUACAAUCAUAACUAAUAAAGUACAUGUGGGAUUUGAUAAAGUAAUUCCUAGGAACAACAGCAGCUAAUAAAAUUAAAUUUGAGUUGUGACACCAUGUAGUCUUUUGGGUGUUUGCCAAUAUUUCAGAAAAAAAAAUGCCUUGGUGAUGAGGAUUGAUAUGUUUUUCCGAAAUGAUGAUAACCACCCGCAGGACUACAUGGCAUCAUAACUCAGAAGACCACACGCCACAAUAAAAGUUAAGUAUAAUUACAUUAAAAAAGAAUAAAUUUAGGAGGUGUUUGUUAUUAUUUAGUUCAAAAUGUUUUAAUGUCUUAUCUUAACAUGAAAUGUGCUUUUUCCUAUGUUUUGUAUGGCUGUAAAAACAUAAAUAAUUGGGUUUUUUUCUUUUCUCAUUUGAGUUAUUAAAUUUCUUACAGCAUAUAAUUCCCUUUGUAUUGUUACUAAAUGAUUCUCCUCAUCUCUGGGUUGAUUUUUUAGUGAGAAUGGGCAUAUGUGAACUGCAAUGUUCUCUUAUUCAGUGUAGGAGCACAGGGGGUUAAACAUAGUAUGAACAUUGUAUUUAUUGCUUUUGAACUUUAGUUUCUCUGAAUCGCUGAAUUUUGAAGUCAUGAGGAAUGUGCCUGUAUGUUGCAUCUUAUACACAUUUUUGUUGUUGAUGUUACAAAAAGUUGCAAAAACACUUUGAUAUGUUUAUAUUGAAGUACAAUUUUCUUCAAAAUAGUUUUACUACAUUUAAGAUUUCAAUAAUGUUGAAGACCAAGUAUUAUAUAUGAAGUAAAGAAGACUGCAUUUUAUAAGAAAAGCCUUGGGGAAAAUAGUUGGGUAUAUGUUCAAUGUUUUUACACUUCUUGACAUUUUUAAUUUACUUUUAAGUUAUUUUUCUUUGUAUUGGUUGUAAUGAAGUGAGAGAUUUGCUGAUUUUUAGAAUCGUUACUUUUACCAUCUUUUUAAGUUAAUUGGUAAAUGUGAAUUUUAUGGGAUAAACAAAGUAUUGUGUAAUCUAUUUAAUUUCUGCCAAUCAGAAUUGUGUGUGUAAUAUUGUAAAAUUCUAACACUACGUAUUGGAAAGAAAUGCUUUGUGUUAAUAAGAGAGCACAAGAUGUUCAGAUACACAGUACAUAGUACAGUACAAUUACAUCGUUCAAAAUUUAAGACAUGAAACUGUGCAUGAUAUUUGACAUGUAUGGGUCUGUAUUAUUGAACCUUGGGAACUUAUGAGUUUAUUUUAACUUACUUGGGUGAUACAGUUCAUGCACACAAUAACUACAUGUGAUUCUCCAUUGUCAUAUGUUUUUAUUAGUCAGCAUGAUAUUUCAGACAUUAAGACAACUGGAUAAAAUUGAACACAAGUUAUUUCUAUCUCUCUGUGUACAGUUCAGUUGCACGUAGAUUGUUGAUAUUGAAUGUGGCAGAAGUAAAGGAAAUAUUGGCUGGGAUCUUGGUUCUAAUUCUUGUUUUCAGAUUCAGGUUUGCAAUACUAAGAUUUACUCAAAAUAACCCAUUUUUGAAAAUGAAUGUGUGGGGUCCGCAGUGGCCACGCGGUCUGAGGCUUGGGUCUUGUGCUGCUUGGUUGCAGGGACCGUGGGUUCGAAUUCCACUCAAGCCAUGGAUGUUUUUCUGUGUUGUGUUGUCCUGUAUACAGAUAGUCCUUGCGACACUCCGAUCCCUCGUCCAAGGAGUCCUACCGAAUGUCCAUAGAUCAAGCCAACUGAAAAGUUGGGGACCCGUAAAGGGUACCAGAAAAUGUACAAACAUUGUUAAACCAGAAAAAGAAGAAGAAAAUGAAUGUGUUAUAACAUACAUUUAUAUUUCCAUGGUAAUUGCAUUGAUAGGAAUUUCAUUAAGAUUGUGUGUUAUGUUCCGUAUCAUCUUAAUUUUAGAUUAAUUGCACAUAAAAUUACUUGAAAUUAUUUCACUUUGAAAUGUUAGGUAGUAUUUGUAAUAUGAUAUACUAAUUUAUGGCUGCAUUUAACUAUGUAUAAGAUUAUUCUGAGAAGUAAUGAGAUAAAAUUUUCUUUUUUGGCUUCCUAAUAUGCAGGAUACUGAGAUUUGGUAUUACUCAUUUGGAAUAUCUUAUAUUGAAUUUAAUUUUAUUUUUGUUAGAUAUUUUGACAAGGAUAAAUUGUUACAUUGUUGCAUAUGAGAACAAGCAUUGUAUUGGCAUGGUGCUGAAAUAUUAGCAUAUGUAGGUUAUAGAUAUUUUCAGUAGUAUUUAUAACAGUAUUUUUGCAUCUGGUGAUUAAUAUGUUAAUUCUAACCAUUUUGUUAAAAAUAUUGUAAGGAAAUUAUGGUGUUCACCACAGUAUUGUUUAAGAUAAGUCAAUUGUAUCAGCAUUUUAUGAUGAUUGAAUUAUUAGACAUAAACAGUGCUCAGAAGAGGAAAGAGAAGAAAAUAUUGGUGUGUCCCUUCAUUAAAAGUACAACAGGGAUAGUGUUCAUUACAAAUAUCAUAUUACCACUACUUAUCAAGGUUAUAGGAUACAGGUUUUUGAACAUCAUUGAUAAUUGCAAAUAUAAAACAGUAAUCACUGAACACACCAUUGAGUAAGUAACCAUCAACAGAUUAAUGAUGAACUUACAAAAUAUUAUGGAAUAAGACAUUCUUAAUAUUGCUUAAGAGUUGUAUUUUGAGCAUGAGAUCCAAGUCUUGAAGUAAGAUGUUCAUGUAUCAUGUUUUUAAAAUUACAUGUGACAGAAUUGCUACACUUUGCAUCCUGUCUCAUCAGGUAGUCCAGUAUGGCUCUCAAAAUGUCGGGUUUUUUACGGCCACAUGACGCAGCCGAUUUGCUCAUGAGGACUUCAUCGAAUUUAGUAAUUGCAAAAGUUGUAGAUCAUACAUCCUGCCACAGUAAUAUCUGUAAACAAUGAAGGUAGGUUUGGCAUAUUUAGCUUCAGAGGGUAUAGUGGUCAGUAUUAUAAAAAGAUAUGUAAAACUCCAAUUCACAUACUUUAUCAUCUUUUAUGCACCAUAAUUUACUUAAAUUCUGUGCUGAUGCUGUAGUUCAGCGAAACCUACUUUAACAGCCACUUUUUUGGUCCAUUUACAACCCUGCAGAAUGCCUAUUGAAGGCCAUAGCAGAAACACAUCUUGGAUGGUAAACUUCAAACUGUUCCACCUUAAAGUUGGAUCCACUGGGCAAGUAUUUUUAGUUUUUCUUUCUUUCCCUUCUUCUCCUCUCAGCCCCACCCCUCCACAUGCAAACAUACGCUUUAUAACUGAAUUUUUAACAUGAUACCUACAGAUUUGUAAUACGUACUAGUAGCAGUCACUGCCCCUUAUAGACAGGUUUUACUGCAUCUGUUCUCUUUCUUUAAAGGUACGUGCGCUUUGAAUAUUUCUUCAGUGUUGAGAAGUAGGCCUACAUUCAAUAAACAGAAAAAGUUAAUUGCUUUUGAAAUCUUUGCAAAUGUUUUACCAUAAAAGCUCAUGAUGAUAAUUAUGGAAAAGUGUCUUAAAUUUUAAGGUUGGAAAACGGUAUAAUGUAUAUAAACAUGGUAGUUUCAAUGCAUGUCUUUGAAUAUGGUGUAAAUUGUACUGAAUAUUACUUCACAACAAAGUUUAUGUUCAUUGAUAACUGGAAACAGACUACAGUUUCUUAUUACACAGAACUUCUUCACUUUGAGCAACGAUGCUAGUGUAUAUUUGGUGACAUGUCACAAUCAUGUAAUGAGUAUGUAAACUGAUGACUGUAAUGACUUAGUGUUUUCAUGGGAAGGCAGGAAGAAUGUGUUUAUUAAACCCUUGUGUGAUCUCAGGACUGUAACAUACAUUGCACUGUGUAAGCUAGAAGUAUGAAUUGAUGAAACUUCAUUGAUUACCUACAAGGAUGGAUAUAUUGUACUGGAUUGCAGGGGUAGUUAUGAGAAGUUUUAAAUUGUUACUGACUGAUAUUUUUGUAUCCAGUCUGUGCAGAAUUGCUACUGAGAGGUGCACAAUAUAAACUGGUGAGGAAAUCAUUGGUUUACCUUCUGCUUAAUUGGAAUCCCUUUCUGUGUUUCUUUUGCAUGUUUUGUGCCUUCAUGGAACAAUUUUAGUGGGUUAAGUAUCACAAGAUAAACCAAAGUCUGUGGCAAAACAUGCAAAUGUCAGCAGAAUCCAGUGUGGUUUGUGAAGCAUGCUUGGAAGGAGUGUCUGGAUGCCUUGUGACUAUUGUGACAGUAAUUUUGUUCAGUAAUGUUGAAAUAGUAAUAUAAUUCAGUAGUUUAUUAAUGCCUUAUCCAAUAACUUAGUAAAAUCAAUGGUUGGUGCAGUUUAUCCCUAUACUGAUACUAUACUAUACUGAUGCUUUGUGCUGGGUGUUUCAAAAAUUGUGCCAAUGAGGGCAUUUCUGAUGUCAGGAAACCUGCUGAUGAAAGGCAUUAACUCAUUAGCUACCAUUAACUUUUUUUUGUUAUGUGCUAUGACUGAAAUUGCUUUUCAGUCAUGUGUAUUUAAAUAAAUCUACAUAUUGGAUACAAUCAUAUUUGAUUAUUUAGUGAAAUGUAACAGAACUUUCCGAUUAAAUUCCUUAAAUUAGCACUACAGUUUUAGGGAUAUCUUACCAUUGCUUAUGAAAAGUUAUAAUCAUAUUUUUAUGAUGUGCCAUUCAAAUCAUCUAUACCUUCUCCUUGAUCCCUGGGCUAGUAUUUCUGGUUUUCCCUCUUGCCCGUCCCAGCAUUCCUUCGGCCCCACAGAGGGCUCUGGGCUCUCCCAUUUGCCAGGACACAGCUGUGUCUCCUUGUCUUAUCCUUGACUCUGAAUGGCCAAUUCCCAUGACCUGAUUCUGAUAUAAUGCAGCUGAGUCAGUAGGGUCCUCUGAAAGAUCAUCAGUAAACCAACUUCUAUAUGGUUUGAGCACCCAAAAGCAAAUUCAACAUCAAUAUAUCUUUGUAGAAAUGUAUGUGCCAGUAUGAAUUUCUAAAGUAAGUCUUAUUCAUUGACCUAAGAACACAGUUUUUUACCCUGAAAUUAUUAGAUUCAGUGUAGCAGAAAUGCUCACAGUAUCGUGAAUUUUAAAAAAAAAGUUUCAUCAUUGGGAUAAAAGAAGUUUGCAAAUGUAUUACUGUAUGAAGAUAUUCUUGACAUUAGGCAUCCAGACAUCCAAUCUGUAAACAACACUUUAUUGAAAUAUACCAGUUAUGUUAAAUGUGGAAUUUCAGUUUCACAUAGCAGUGCUACUUGAUAUUAUUAAUUUUAUGUUGAGAUUUAGGAGGAAAAUUAAACUACCAUAUUUUCACAAUUUUAAGACACUUUUUUUGCAUUUUAAAAUUUCUGAAAUCAAGAUAUCUUAUUUGAUGGUGUUUAAGAUCAAUCAAAAUAGUAUAUUUUCUCCUAAAAACCUGUUACUGAAUCAAGGGUGUGUUUUACAAACAUUGGCAUCUUGAUGUAGAGGAAAUACUGUAAUUUUUCAGGGCUUGAAUUAAUUAUGGCUUGCAGAAUGUCCAGUUUACACAGAACUCAUCCAGUUUGUGUUGUACUGAACUAGUAAUUGGGCAAUUUAUUCCAGCAUAUGUUGCCAUGUUUCCAAUUGUAUUUAUUUAGCUUAUUUGUUGAUUUUAUUUAUGUAUUUAUAUUGUGCUUCUUAUUUUUUGUGUGUUAAGAUUUGGUAUUUGUGCUUGUUUACAACACUUCCAAAACUGUAAUACACAUGAAUUGUAAUAAAAUAACUUAAGGAAGAAUGUGUUUCAAAGAAAUUCCUUAAUACACAGAGUUUUCCUUGAAUGAACAGUGAAAACUAAAGUACAGGCAUUGUCAAACAUUAUAGACAUUAGGUUAAUAUGUUUAAAGUCUCCAGAUGUUAAUAAAAAUAUUGAUUAUU